CGGCGCGCCAUGGCCGGGCUGCUGGCGCUGCUGGGCCCCGCGGGCAGGGUGGGCGCCCGGGUCCGGCCUCGCGCCGCCUGGGUCCUGGGCGCCGCCGCCCCGUGCGCGCCGCCCCCCCUGUUCCUGCCGCCGCUCCGGCGCGGGCCCGACGCUCUGCUGCUGCGCGCGGUCCGCGGGGACAGCGGCGGCCGCCAGGACCCCAGCAAAAUCACUGCGACAACAGGCAGGGCUGUCAGCAGCGGACAGGAGGAAAAGCAAAGCAAGUCACAGCAGCUGAGAAAGGUCUUCCAAGAGUACGGCGCCGUUGCUGUGUCGCUGCACAUUGGAAUCUCGUUAGUCUCCUUGGGCAUCUUUUACACGGUGGUUUCAAGUGGUGUGGACAUGUCUGCAGUCCUGCUUAAACUCGGAUUUAAAGAGUCACUGGUGCAGUCAAAAAUGGCAGCAGGCACGAGUACCUUCGUGGUGGCCUAUGCCAUCCACAAGCUGUUUGCCCCGGUGAGAAUCAGCAUCACCUUAGUUUCUGUGCCCUUCAUUGUCAGAUAUUUUCGCAAAGUGGGAUUUUUUAAACCUCCAGCUGCAAAGCCUUGAUGAACUCUCCAACUGUGGGCCUGAAAACCUGUUUCUUUUCAAUAGAAAUUUGGGGUUAGUUUUAGGAUAUAGCUUUUCUGGGGGAGGAGGGGACAGGAAGCUAAUUGCUAUAUUCUCAUGAAUAAGGUUUACCUUUGCCAGCAAAAAUUCAGGUUUUUUAAUAAUUGUAAUUAUUUUGCUUUACAAAUGGUCUUAAUGCUCUUCAUCACAGGGCUUGUAUCCAUAAUCUAAAAUGUCAGCAAAAUAUCACAAACUGAGUUGUCAUCUCAAACAAAACUGUUAGCCUACAAAAUGUUCCUUCUGGAAGAUCACUGGUGAGGUUCUAGUCUGCAGAAGCCCCAGGGGUUAAUCUUUGCUCAGAUUCUUAAAGGGCAACGAUUCAUUAAGCUAGUUUUUAAAAUUCCCCUUCCUCCAAUAUCUGUUGUCAGGCUGCCUGCGGUUUAAUAUGCAAUAUUCUGCAAAACAGCUGCCAGUGUUACAAUUAAUGAAUCAGUUUAAGACUUAACAAUAUGUAACCAGGAUCUAAAUUAGCAUCAACACUUGAAUGUCCGUUACACAUGUUUUGGGGGGAAGAAUGACCAAGUGUUUCUGGUGUGUUUCAUUGAUCCUAAAACACCCUCAAAUCUGGACAUGAUGGCUCCUACCUGGUGGUUCUCCUCAAACUGCAUUAAAGUAGGUCAGGGUCAUUUGUCUCUGUUUAGGGAAAAUAUGGAAACUUUAUCCAGUAGCAGGGGUAUCAGGUGGCUCCUGACGGCCUUAUCCACAAGUGAACCUGGAUACCACACACAUGGAAAGCUAAGACAAUCUUUGCUGAACCCUCUACAUCAAACUUCAGACAUUCCAGAACUUCGGUCACAAUGUUUACAUUAUAUCGCUACUUUGAUUUUUUUUUAACUGAGUUAAAGUUAUAUAGAAAAAGAUUUUGUUAUAUUGAAAAAGAUUCUCCUUUUCAAAGUUAUAUUAAAAAAGAUUCUCCUUUCUCUAAAAAGGAGAAUUGGAGGCACUUGCUGUAAAUGGGAGGCAACUGUGAAAUAAUGUGAACUAAUAUGAAAUGAUACAAGCGGGGGAGGGAGAGGGACAGGCAGGUAUAAUUACUUUCUGAUGAGCUGGUUUUACCUGAUACAGGGUGUUUGAUAUGAGCGCCCCCCCCCCCCCCCAGAACCGUUGCUCUUAGGGACAUUAUUAAGAACAGAAACUCAAGCACGCAGAUCCAAAUUGAGAUUUUUGUCCCUGAAGCACCUAGAAGCAGGCAAACUGGAGGGAAUUCCUUUCCGUGGGAUUCCUGUAAAGCUACCCUCCAGGCCGCAUCCACACACAGCACGGUCCACACCGGGACCCCGAUUAACCAGUUCCACCCUGCCACCUUGGCCGAGGGAGUUCCAAUUAUUAAUUACCUAGGUGACAAUCAGAAAACUAAGGGAACUAUAAAUUGACCAUCCUGGUUUUACCGCCUGGCUGCUAACUGCCCCCUGGCUAAGCCUUAGUAAUCUACGUCCAUCUUUCACAAGAAGCUUUGUGAGACAAUUCUCCACUUGCAAGACUGUUAAAGUGGACCCCCCACCCCCCACCCCUCCUUAAAGCAAUUAGCGCAUUGCCAAAAGGCUUCACUGAUUUCAAGUUGGAACUGCCUUUCUGGGAUCUAAUUGCAAGGACAUCAACACAGCUGAGCCAGAUGCCUGGCGAGAGCGCUUGGCAGUCCCUCCUGUGGUCAGGCUCUGUUCACCUAGCUGGCUUCCCACUCCUAAACACCUUCUGUACCAGUCUCCCUACCAGUCAGAUCCCUAGUAAUGUCUAUGCAAGAAAAAGCUGACAGUCCUACAGGAUUAAGGGCUGAAAUCUUAAACUUUGAUUCCAUGUUUGGAGGAAUGGAAGUGGACUGACAGGGCAAGCAAUAAAAACAAUCACCAAACCAAAUAGCCAUGGCCUCUCCUAAGCCCACCUCCACUCCACUCCUGCAGCCAGUGGUCCCAACAGAACCAAACCUGGAAGAGAUCAGAGGACCAGGGAAUAUGUGACUUCACCAGCAAGAUGUAGAUUGCCUGUAUUUACAUUGUUUUUAUGGAACUAGGGGAAAUAAAACAUCUAUUUUAAAAAUGUAAGCAAUUGUUCAUUCCUAAUUUUGUAUCUGACAAAAUGAGCCGCUUAAGUUCCCUGAAACAAAUAAACAUCUUUGUAGUUUAUGAAGAA